AUGCUCUCGGCAUUUACUGCUCAGCCCAUCGUAGAGCUGAAGCAGCGGGACAAGUCAAAGAUCGAGUCCGUCCUCUUUCACAGCGAUCAGCUACUUGUCGGCCUCAACACUGGGGCUCUCCGCAUCUACCGCAUCAAAGGCCCACCCUCCCGUCCUGAUGAAUCCUCCGACCAAGAUGGAGGGAGCGCCCCUGUCGCACGCACUCCUGCUACUCCUUCAAAACCGACCGAAUUGCUGAGAGAGUACGAAAAGUUCGCAAAGUACAAGAUCGAGCAGUUGGCUGUCUUCCGCGAAGCGAAUAUCCUCAUAUCACUGAGCAACGGUCUCGUAUCCAUACACGAUCUGGGCACUUAUGAGCCCCAUGAGCAACUCACGAGAUCCAAAGGUGCAAGCACGUUCGCCGCAACAAGCAAUAUCGUGAAGGACAGCUCGACCGGCGUCCCAACCCUUGUCAGUCGGCUAGCUGUAGCCAUCAAGAGGAAGUUGCUACUAUGGACAUGGCAUGAGGGAGAGCUGGAAGGCGAUGCCGUGGAGUUCGCGCUGUCAAACAGCAUCAAAUCGCUGGCUUGGGCGACGGGUACAAAGAUCGUUGUUGGGUUGACUGCAAACUAUGUCAUUGUCGACAUCGAUUCGCGUGAGGUGAAGGACAUUAUAGGGCCUGGAAGCAUCGGGGGGACACCGGGUCAAGAGAGUAGCAGGUUAGGAGGGACAAUGAGCUAUAUUGGCAUGGGCUCGAUGGUGCCAACGCCCCUGGCGACUGGGCUGGGAGAGAACGAAAUGCUACUCGCCAAGGACAUUAACACCCAUUUCAUUGACCGAAAUGGGGACCCGAUCGGACGACGACAGAUACCAUGGCGUGUACCUCCUUCAGCGAUCGGAUACUCAUAUCCUUUCCUGUUAGCGUUGCAGGAAACCAGUAAAGGUGUGCUUGAAGUGCGCAAUCCCCAGACACUCACUCUCCUUCAGUCGAUUGAUCUGCCUGGCGCCGUGCUGUUACAGGUCCCCAAUCCAAACAUUAGCCUUGCUCAUCAAGGCAAGGGGUUUCUGGUUGCCAGUGAGCGGAUUAUCUGGCGGAUGCAGGGGCUGAAUUAUGAUGCUCAGAUCGAUGCACUGGUCGAAGGCGGUCAACUUGACGAGGCCAUCAGUCUCUUGGAUAUGAUCGAGGAAACUCUGAUCAAAAACAAAGGCGGCAGACUAAGGGAGAUCAAAAUGCAAAAGGCUCAACAACUCUUCGACGAGAAAAAGUUCCGAGAUGCCCUGGACCUUUUUGGGGAAGUUUCUGCACCUCCUGAGCGUGUCAUCAAGCUCUAUCCUCCCGUCAUUGCGGGCGAUCUAGCAAACGACGGGGGCAAAGCCACAUCUGAGACAGAAGAAACGCCAAAGAACGAGGAGAGUCCUCGACAGACGCCGAAAAAGUCUGACAGUGUGCCCAGCCCUGUCAAAAAAACAAAGACCGCUGCUUCAGAUGCUGACACGGCAAGUGUCCGUAGCACGAAGACUGCAGAAAAUACGGGCAACGAAGGACUUUCGGAGAAGGAACUCAAGACUGCUGUUCGAGAACUCCAAUCAUUCCUUGCUGAUGUUCGGCGCCGCCUACAACGGUUUUUCAACCCUGAUCAAACCGUUCGCAGUCUGUCCGAGGUGCAGAGUGCAGCGCAGUCCGAGGACAUUCGACAGAUCACCGAGUACCUGCUUGGACUAUCUUCGUUGGACGAUGUGGACCUGGCAGACAAGCUGUUGGAGGUUGCGAGAUUUGUUGAUACAACGCUGUUCCGAGCACACAUGUACGCGACACCCUCGCUUGCUGGUUCGCUCUUCCGCAUCUCCAACUUCUGUGACCCUGAGGUGGUGAUGGCCAAGCUCGAAGAGACAGGUCGGUACAAUGACUUGAUCGAAUUCCUUUACGGAAAGCGACUCCACCGGCAAGCAUUGGAAAGACUUCAAAAGUUCGGCCAAGCUGAAAAGACGGAGGAAGUCGACCCUCAGCUGCGCGGUCCGGCUAGGACAAUCGCUUAUCUCCAAAACCUCGGGCCAGACCUGAUCGAUUUAAUCCUGGAGUUUGCUAAGUGGCCCCUGGAGGCGGACCCUGAGGUGGCUAUGGAGUUGUUCCUGGCGGACACAGAAAACGCCGAAUCCCUUCCGCGAGAGAAAGUUCUUGGGUUUCUCGAAACGAUCAGCAAAGAACUGGCACUCCGGUACCUGGAACAUGUGGUGGACGAAUUGGAUGAUCAGACUCCCGACCUGCAUCAGCGGCUCGUCACACUGUACCUCGAGGACUUGAAAAUCCCAUCACUUCCGAAUCGGGACCAGCAUUUGGACAAGUUUUUAACAUUGCUGAGAACAUCAGACCAGUACUCUCCGGCAAAGACCUUGGGCCUGUUGCCGCGCGACGAUCCCACCUUCUAUGAAGCCAGGGCCAUCGUCUUCAGCCAGAUGGGAAAUCACAAACAAGCCCUGGAAAUCUACGUAUUCAAACUUCGCGACCCAGCGAAGGCGGAGGAAUACUGUAACCAGACCCAUUUAGAGGAGGCCGGCAAAGGAACCGCAAAAGCGUUUGGCCGGCGGAGAUCAUCCACUACUGAUCCGACGGAUGAGGAGCCAUCAAUCUACCACAUUCUUCUCAACCUAUAUCUCAAUCCUCCGAAAGGUGAGAAGGCAUUGUUCGGGCCAGCUAUUGAGCUGAUGGCCCGCCACGGACCGAGACUGCCAGCGAAUUCAACUUUGGAGCUGAUACCAGAAGAUCUGCUCGUGAAGGAGUUCGAGGCCUACUUCCGUGGACGAAUCCGUAAUGCCAACAGCAUCAUGAACGAGUCCAUGAUCGUCUCCGGGUUGAGGAAGGUCGAUGCCGUGCGAGUACAAGCGGCUCUCUUACUUGGGGAAGGCGUGCAGUCAGGUGGCCGAGGGAGAAAAGUACGUAUCGACGAAGACCGUGUGUGCGGCGUUUGCUACAAGCGACUUGGUAGCAGUGUCAUCAGCGUAUUUCCCGAGUAA